GUGGCAGCUGCGCAUCCGGAAGACGUCGUCAGUCGUUUUGAAUCUGUAGUUCAGUUGGCCGCCUACACUUGUCAGUGAUCGAGUUAGUUUCGAAACAAAUUAAUUAAACCGUGCGUGUAUUUAUACAAUGUCGGCUGUGUGUUAAGGGCACACGCGGCGUGCGUGCAACAAUGUAGCGGCUGUGAAGUAAUGUCAACUCAUCGCGACUUUGUUCGUUUACUAUGAGCUCCCUAUCAGCCCAGCCUCCGGCAUCAUGCUCGUCAUGCAGGACACUACCUGGAGAGGGAAAUCAGGUACAACCAAAAGCCCCUCUCCUGCAGAUUCUGCGUGUCGCCGGAGCCCAAGAAGAGGUCUUCACGCUCAAAGAGGUGAUGCACUACUUGGGUCAGUACAUCAUGGGGAGGCAACUGUAUGACAAACAGAGGCAGCACAUAGUCCACUGCCAGGAUGACCCUUUGGGAGAGCUGCUGGAGGUGGAGAGCUUCUCUGUCAAAAACCCGAGCCCGGUGUAUGAAAUGCUCAAGAAAUACUUAGUUGUGCUCGGUUGUUCUGACGCUGCAGAGAAUCUUUCUGUGGGCCGUGAAUGUGUAGAGGGCGGAGUGGAGGAUCGUGGUCAGAUGUGCGGAGGUGUGGUGAAAGCAGGGCUGGAGGCAGUUAGUAAUGGGCCUCUCCUGCAAACCCCCUCCCAGAGACGACCUCGGGAGCCAGACGAUGACUCCCUUGAAGGCCUGCCACGGUCAGCCUGCAAACGGCCCAAACUGGAUGUUACCCUGGACGAGUGGGACCUCUCUGGCCUGCCCUGGUGGUUUCUGGGUAAUCUCCGUAGUAACUACAGCCGCAGGAGCAAUGGCUCUACCGACAUCCACACAAACCAACUGUCUCCUGCACAGGAGGAGGACACGGCGAUCGUGUCGGACACCACCGACGACCUCUGGUUCCUCACCGAGGGCGAGAGCGAGCAGGUGAGCGUCGAGAUGAAGGAGGCAGCGCUGGAAGAAUGGAGUGGAGGAGAAGGGGAAACUCCACCCGAGGAUGACGAUGGAGGCGGGAAGGAGGAGAAAGCGGAUCGAGAGAUGCAGGAGGAGCCGGACGAAGACUCGCAGUGUCUGAGUGAUGACACUGAUACGGAGAUCUCCACGCAGGAUGCGUGGCAGUGCACCGAGUGCAGGAAGUAUAACACGCCUCUCCAGAGGUACUGUGUUCGCUGCUGGGCUUUACGUAAGAACUGGUACAAAGACGUCCCCCGACUCGCCCAUUCCCUUUCCGUUCCCGACAUCCCGGCAUGCAGCUCUCUCACCACCCACGACGAGGAAGACGACAGCGACACAGGCAUCGAUGUCCCAGACUGCAGCAGGACGGUGUCUGAUCCUGUCAUCCUGCCCUCCUGCUCCACAGCUGACCGACCGCUGCCCACUAUGUCUAUGGUGCGAGGCAAGGGCCCGUGGCCCUCCAGCUGCCACAAGGAUGAGCAGCUCUCAGAAGGAGAGAGUCAGGAAAAUCUGGGCAUGGAGGUAGAAGAAGUUAGGCCUGAGGCUCUUUUGGAGCCUUGCAAGCUCUGUCGAGUGCGACCGCGUAACGGAAAUAUAAUACACGGACGUACGGCUCACCUGCUAACCUGUUUCCCAUGUGCGAGGAGGUUACACAAGUUCCAGGCUCCUUGUCCAGGGUGUGGGAAGAUCAUUCAAAAAGUUAUUAAGAUAUUUAUCCUCUAAAGAAAGCACACACACACACUCGUAGUCACACAUCAGUCAGGCUCUGGAGACCUGAACUACAAAUAAUACACAGCUGCAUGCACUCUGGUACACACUUGCUGCUCGUAGAAACACAAAAAGCGCGCACCUUACCUUUAAAACCUUCACAGAUACACACAAAGUAUAGCACUUGGUAAAGCUUGCUUUCGGUUGCAUGGUUUGUUUUCGCGUCACACUGCCCUAGAAGUAUUGUUAAAAUGAAACGCAGGACUUUGUCAUGCCGAGUGUUCGUUUUGGUCCGUAGGGAGCUCACAUUUAAAUAAGGGACACAAAGGCAGAAGUAUUUAUUUAUUUAUUAGGAGGUCACACGAGAGAGCAGAUUGUGUGAGCUUUAAUUUCAUGAAGGCUUGUUUUUUUCUUUUUUUUUUCAGGCUGUGCUUUCUCGUUAGUUUUUUUUGCAUCUGUUCAACGUGCCAUUUAAAAAAAAAACAAAACAAGUACUGCUCGCCUCAGUUCUGUUCGAACUCUGUUCUCGACAAAAAUAGGAAAGUCAAAGCAGGUAUGUGACUACAAGGACGUUUCUUUUCAAGCAUCUUCGAGGCCUUUUCGUUCUCCUUUCGCCCCCAUUGUGGCUCUGAGAUUUGAAUUAUGAAGAGAGGAUUGAAGAAAAAAAACAGGAAAGAGUCUUAAAAUCGUCAUUUUGUUGUCGGCCGCUGCAGCUCCAUCAAAGUAUCCCCCCCCUCUAAGCUCUUUAUAAAACGUGUUCUCUCAGCAUAAGUGAAUGUACUGUAAAAUACACACGUGGUGGCCUGAGUCCUGUUUUCUCUCAACAUAGUAUUUUAAAAAAAACAUAGAAUUGAAUUUAACUUGCUUGAGAAUGCACAGCUGAAGUAUUUACUGUAAUUUCCUCUCGGGGGGGUUAGUAAAUUUGAUAUUAAUAUGCAUUGAAUAUUUACAAUUGCCAAGCCUCUUUGACAGUUAUGCCUGCAGUAACCUGUGUCAUAAAAGUUGUUGGUAAAAGUUUAAAUGUUAUCGUUCAGAACAGGGUACUUUACACCCCUUUCUUUGAACGUAAGUGAAACAAUUUCUGUAUAUUUUGUAUUUAAUUUAUUUAUAAAUCAGUUUUAAUUGUUUAAAGAUGGUUCACCUCUUAAUGAAGCAGAAAAAGCCGCAUUUGUUACUAGAUAUAAUGUUACCAAACGUUUCCUCCGUGGGAACGUUUGCGCUCUACUUACUUUGGAGGUUUGAUUAAGCGUUACACUGCCAUGUAAUGACUCUGAACUUUAAUUUGUAUAUUAUUGAUUUUAUUUAGAUGUUUCUGCGUUAUUUGAUGAUUGUGUUGCCGGAGCAAGUAGAUGCUAUUUACUUUGAGUGAGUGUGUGUGUGUGAGAGUGUGUGUGUGUGUGUGUGAGAGCUGUCUACAAAUACAGUAUGCUCUACAAUGCUCAGAUGUCCAGUGACGGUAAGCAUUUAACUCUUUAACUAACCAGGCUCUGUUUAGCGUAGAAGGAAUAUCGCUAUAGUUCUUUUGAAAAUGCUCUUUACUUGCGCUUAAUCUUUCUGCCAGCAGGUGGGGAGAAGUCUCAAUAUUGUGUCUGGUGCCCACAGAAGCUGUACAGUACCAGCAAUAACAUGUAAUGCGUAUAUAGAGCAUGCCUCCUGUUGUGACUAGCGCCAGCACUGAGCUGGUGUCUGAGCUAUAUUAGCUAUAUAAAACCUAUGAAAGAUUAAUGUAGCCUGUUGUACUUAUUACCGCCAUUGUGAAUCCAGAAACAACAACUCCCUCUAAAUGCAGACCUCAAAAAGACGCCGUAAUAAAUAAACUAUUAAUGCUGGCUCAGAUUGACACUUAAUUGUUGCAAUUAUUGACAGACCAAUGUACUUAAACAUGGUACAGCUAAUAUAGUUGUGUUUUUUUUUCUACUUGUCAUGGAAUAAAACAAGUUGUUUUCUAAAGCAAUAAA